AAAAUAUAUGUUAAAAACAAAGUUAUCGUUGAAUUCAAUUAGUUGUCAUUGCAUUAAAUCUUUCGUCUAAUUGUUUGCUAAUUUUAUUUUGUUGAUCACAAAAUUUUUUUAGCACAAAAGUUAACAUUAAAGCAAUGAGUGAUAUAAAUAGCGGUUCCAAUGGAGUGAUUGUUGAGAUAAUACACAUAUCGGACGUCCCAACGGACGACCACUCAAACAAUGGUUGUAUUGAAACAAAUCAAUUGAACCGAAAUGAUUGGCAAAUAAAAAAGGGAAAAGAGUUGCAAUCAAUUAUCAGAAAAUUAAAUAACAUUAAGUUUGCGUCACUCGAGUUAACCGCUUUGGCCAACAGUACUGACAAAAACUAUUACGAAGAUGAAUGGGUUUCCAGAUAUACGGCUCAAUUGAUUCUCGAAAAAAACAACAGUUUGUGUCUGAAGAAAGCGAUGGCAAACAUUUGUACCGAAAGCCGACUCAAACAGACCUGGUUUUCAAUUGCCGACGAAACUUAUAAGUGGUUUAUAAACUCAAAGUCAAACACAAACACUACAAACAAUAACUCAGAAAAUGAAUUGAUUGAAACAUUUGAUGUAAAAUCAUUCAAAUUGGGAACUCUUAUUGAUUUAACUCAAUUCAUCAAACAUUACGACAGCACUGAUCGCAAUCACUUUAACAGCAAAGUUCAUGUGGCCAGAGAUGACUUGACCGUCGAGUUUCAUCACUGCCGCAAAUUCAUGACAAUCAGGUUUCGGGUGACCAGCGGUGGCAACAAUAAGAAGUCUUUUACAAACAUUCGCUACAAAUUCGAGUUCGACUAUUCGUCCUUUGAGUCGAUAGUUAUGUCCACUGAACUCAAUUCAAUUAAACUAUACAUUAAUGUCAAUCACCCGCCGAUACUAUAUAUGGUUGAAAAUGAUAGCAAAGUUUACAACAACAACAACAACACGUCUUUGUCACCAAACAAACGAAACAAAUAUCCAAAACAAACACUUAGAGAACAGUUCGACAACUUUGUCGGUAUUCAUACGGACGAGACAUCCAAUGCAAUCAAUUGGAUUCGUGACAAUCAAUUGUACGGAUUGUCCGCACAAAUCAUUGGCAAAAGUAAUGUUUUUGUCAUAGAGUUGCCAAAUAUGAGACAAUCGUUGGCAGAAUUUGCCAACAAAUUUAAAUACAGCGAACCAUUGGAUCCGUAUUAUUGUGUCUAUAAUAUCAAAAAAUUGACUCAAAUUCCUAUAUAUUUCGCACACAUUAGUGAACACAUUAGUGUUAAUAAUAGAGAAAUUGAUUACUUAUUGAAUACAAAUAACAUUAAACUGCCGUUUAAUGUCAGAUAUGCUUAUGAGUCAGUCUUUUCUCACACAUUUCAAGCAUCCGAUGAACUAUUCUUUAAGUUUGAAACAAUUAAUUUUAUGGAAAAAUGUGAACAAUUGGCCAAAACUGAUCCAAAGACUAUUGAGGAAACAUUGUUUCAAAUAUCAGCCAUUAUUGACAGCAAAUCAAUAUUUCGUGUAUUAAUAGCUUUAGAAAAGAUCUUCAGUCAACUGAAACAGAAAAAGCAAAACAAAACAGAAGAAGAAUUGGAUAUCAAGUCGUUUAGCGCUGAGAUUCAAGAGAUCCGUCGAUGCAUUUUAACGCCCACUCGUCUGCUUCUUCUGCCGCCACAACCAAUACUAAAGAGUCGUUUUAUAGUCAACUCAGAGCCCGACUAUACUUUGAGAUUAACUAUAAGAGAGGAUAAUUUGAAUGCAUUAAGUUUUUCAGUUGUCAGAAGUGGUUCCCGAGAAAAUCAAAUAAAUUUUAUUAAACGAAUUGUCAAAACACCGCUAAUAAAUGGUAUCAAAAUUGGUGAAAGAGUUUUCCAGUUUGUCGGCAGUUCUUCGAGUCAGUUGAGAGACAACGGAAUGAUUUUGUAUGCAAAGGAUAGCUGUUGUCGAACUGCUCAUACAUUUCGUGAAUCAGUUGGAGAUAUGAGUAAAAUACGAAAAAAUGUUCCCAAAUAUGUGGCCCGACUCGGACUGGUCUUCUCACAGGCCAUGACUCACAUAAGUAUUGAUAAUAAUACAAAAAUAGAUGUCUUUCCAGACAUUGAGGGCUCUUUGAAACCAGACUACAGAAACAGUCAAUUACUAACCAAAGAACGAUAUGUUUUCUCUGAUGGCAUUGGAAUGGUUUCCGAAGAAAUAGCCGAAAAAGUCUAUAAACAGUUGCCAUUUGAUUGCAUUCAUAGGCCGUCAGCGAUGCAAAUAAGGUUUGGCGGAUGUAAAGGCAUGCUUGUGGUCAACACUAAGCUUAAGGGAAAACAUAUUAUAUUUAGAGAAAGUAUGAAAAAGUAUGAUUCAACAGACAGAUCAUUGGGUAUAUUGAAGUUGUCGGCCCCGCGAGCCGUUUACCUCAACCGACCACUUAUCUCACUAUUGGAACAGUUGUCAGUUGAGCCGAAAAUCUUUAUGGAAAUGUUAAACGAAAAUCUUAAAAGUUUAGCCAAUUCUCUGGUCUGCGAGGCGUCGGCUAUGAGUUUAUUGCAAAAUGAAAGCACUCUUUGUUUACCGUAUGAAAAGUUACUAACAGUCGGCACAUCAUUCCUAACGGAACCCAUAUUUAGACAAAUUCUUGAUUGUCUAAUACCUCACAGAAUUAAAGAACUCAAAUCAAAGGCCAGAAUUAAAAUGCCAAUCAAUAGGGGAAGGAUUGCAUUUGGAGUACUCGAUGAAACUGGAACUCUAGAUUAUGGACAGGUAUUCGCAAAGUUGUCUCAUGUAGACAAAGAUGGUGUGGCCACCGGUCAAUACUUUAUAUUAGACGGAGAGGUUAUGGUAACCAAAUUUCCGUGUCUACAUCCCGGAGAUAUCAGAAAACUAACAGCAGUUAACAUACCAGCAUUGGGUCACAUCAGAGAUUGUCUUGUAUUUCCAGCUAAAGGUCCGCGACCUCAUUCAGAUGAAAUGGCCGGAAGUGACUUAGAUGGCGAUGAAUAUGCACUCUUCUGGAACACAGAUAUUAUAUUUAAGGGACAGAAUAUGUCUCCAAUGCAUUUCCCGACCGGAAAAUCACAUGAAUUAGACCAUAAAGCAGAAGUCGAAGACAUUCUUGACUUUUAUUGCGAGUAUUUAUUGAGUAAUAACGUCGGACUUCUAGCAAAUGCUUAUCUGGCAAACGCUGAUUCACAAAGAGAUGGCAUAUUUUCCAAUGUCUGCAUGAGUUUAGCUUUGAAAUAUUGUAUGGCAUUAGAUUUUGCAAAGACAGGAAUUGUGGAACCAAUUAAUUGGAAAGAAAAGUCUAAGAAAUAUCCAGAUUUUAUGGAGAAAAUUGACGCAAAAAAGACAUAUCAGUCCACUAGAGUGUUGGGUCAACUCUACCGAAAAUGUUGCGCUUUCGAGACAAGUAUUCAAACUAAGAUUCAACUGGAAAUCGAUGCCAAACCUAAUCCUAGAUUUAUUUUGGAGGGAUGGCAAAAAUAUGAAGAGUCGGCAAAAAAAGCAUUUAUAAUCUAUAGAAACAAAGUUCGCUAUUUAUUGAAUCGCUUCCGAGUGGCCAACGAAGCAAUACUACUGAGCGGUACCUUUACUAAGACAUGUCGUUAUACUAAUGGCAGGACUGAAAUCAAUGAUAUUCACGAAUUACUCGAGUCAUUGGUCGGCAAAUUGUUUGAACAAUUUAAACAACGUUUUCAAUUAGAGUCGCAAAUGGACUCAAUCGAUGACCAGAAGCUGCGGGCGUCGGCGUGGUAUAUGAUUGCCUACCAAAUCAAUGAUAGCAUCACUCAAUUAAGCAAUAGGUUCUAUGGUUUUGCUUUUACUAUUAGUGAACAGUUAUGCAAAAUAGUCGACACAAUUGACAUUAAUGGCAACACUGGAUGUCAACCCUAUAACUGUAAUUGCAAUUCUCAUCUUUUUCAACAAUAUAUGACUGAUCUCAAACAUCACAUUUGA